UUUUUCUUCAUGCGCUGGCACCUCAUUGGGGGGGCCAGCUGCUGAAAUGGCCGAAGCCGCUGGAAUUGUGAUCUCCGCCUCAGAGCUGCGACGCAUCAAGGAUGCCAUCGGCGUGAGCAAUGUGGGGGAUGCUUCAGAUCCUGCCCAGACCAAGACUCGUGCGCAAGUGUUGCAUGAGAAGUCCCAGGCCCGAGCCAAGACCUGGAACAAUACCUUAGAAGGCAGCCGAAGAAAGAAGGCGGAAGAGAAGAGGAAGAAGUUGGAGAUUGAAGAACUUGAGAGGCAAAAGGUCGAUGCCGAAGAGGCCAAGAUCCAAUUGGACCAGCGCAAGGCGACCAUCGACCGUGCCAACAAGCUUCUUUACGAAGAGUCAGAUCGAAUGAAAUCCUUCCACAGCAAGAUGAUGCUAUGCGAUGUCAUUGCAGAACGCGAGGCGCAAAUGUCGCUGAGAGGGGAGCUGAAGAAGCUCGAACAAAUCAGAGAGGAUCGUUUCUUAGAGAUGGAAAAGCAGAACUAUAGAAAGAUGUUGGAGCGAGAGAUGAAGGAGAAGGAAACCAAGGAGGAGCUCUCCAAAAUCGCUGCCAAAGCCCAGAAGGAGCAGCUGGCGGAAUACAAGGAAAAGCGCUUCCAAGAGGUCGAGGACGCCAUGUUGGAAGGCGAACUCUUGCGGCGGAAGGCCAUCGAGGACCUGGAAGCCGAGAGAGGAGCUGAAAAGAAGCGACGCGACAUGGCCGUCAAGGCGCAGAAAGAGACUCAGAAAGCCAAUGAGUAUCUGAAGCAGAUCAAGGCAGAGGACAUGCUUCGGCAGCAGCAAGAAGAAGAGAAGAUUGAGGAAUACGCCAAGCGUAAAGAGAAGAUGCUGCAACUGAGGAAGCAGAAGGAGGAGGAAGUCUUUCAAUCAAAACAGGCGGCCCGCAACGCGAUGAUCGAUGCGCAGGCCAAGCGGCUCGCUGAGAUGCAGAACAAUGAGGAAGCGCGAGUAGAAGGUGAGGUGAAGAGGAAGGAGGAAAACGAUGAGCGGAAGCGCAUUGCGAAGCUGGAGAUGAUGCAAAGGUGGGAGGAGGACAUACAGAAAAGUCGCCAGGCUCAGAUCCAACGCAAGCAGAAUGCUCGCGCCAGGGAGAAGGCGGAAGAUGCUGAGACAGCCAAGUUCCUGGCUGAGUGGUGCAAGGUCUUGGAUAAGCAGGAGCAAGAAGAGAACCGUCUCAAAGACGAAGCCGCGAAAAAGCUGGCGGAGGAGCACAAGAAGCAGGUUGAACUGAUGAGAAGAAAGAAGAAUGAGGAUAAGGAUGGUGACAAGACCGUGUCUGCUCAUGCGAAGAAGGUCAUUGAGGCAGAUACUCUGGAGUUUCACGCCUACGCGGAGAAAGUCAUUCGUGACUACUCUUCGGAGGGCAAAAAUGUGAUUCCCCUCAUCAAGGAGCUGAGAGACUUCCGCAAGCGCGUAGCGGAAUGAGGUGCUGCGCUCGGCCCUCGGUUGGUGGUAAACUGCCACCUGCUGCACGUCCGGCGCGUCGCACGCAGGGCAUGUGGUCCCUUGGAAUUGCCGA